AUGCGCUCGACAACAAUCCGUCUGGCACAAUCAAUAUCCUCGAAGCCUCUCAACCUGACUGAGGCCAGCUCCACGCUCCUUCCCCCCAAGCCGCUAUUCCGAAGACUCCUACGAGCACAUAGGGUUCUGCCUACGGAAAUGAGGUCGCUUGGCGAUGUCUAUGUUAAAGCAGAAUUUCGGAGACACAAGGAUGUGACCAACCCCGUGCACAUCAUGGGAUUUUUGUCCCAGUGGAAGGUGUACCUCGAUCAACUACCGAGGGGCUCAGAUGGGAGGGACUUUGCGGGCAAGAAAUUAGACCCUACGCUUGUGGAGAAGAUGUCGGCGGAACAACUGGGGCAGCUAUACGAAUUCAUGCAUGCUACGAAGGAUGUGUGGAAACCCGCUUCUGAGGCCUAG